AUGACCGUUGAGCAGGUCGAACAACUUGAAGACACUGAAAAGUUUACCUUCCAGACCGAAAUAUCGCGGUUAAUGUCCCUGAUCAUCAACUCGCUGUACAAGACGCGUGAGAUCUUUCUGCGCGAACUGAUCUCGAACGCUUCCGACGCAUUAGACAAGAUCCGCUUCAUGGCUUUGACCGACUCUACUGCCUUGGCAAGCAACGACAAGCUGAGCAUUUCGAUAGCUGCUGAUCCCGAAAGCAAGACUAUCACGAUCACCGAUACCGGUAUUGGUAUGACACGCGAACAACUCAAGCAGAACCUGGGCACGAUCGCCAAGUCUGGCACAUCGGAAUUCCUCGCCAAGGUUGAAAGCAGCAAGGAUGAUGUCAACCAGAUCGGUCAAUUUGGUGUUGGUUUCUACUCUGUCUUUCUGGUUGCUGACAAGGUUACUGUCGCAUCCAAAUCCAACGAUGACGACCAGUACAUUUGGUCCAGCCAGGCUGUGGACGACUUUGUCAUUGCCAAGGAUCCUCGUGGCAACACGCUUGGCCGUGGCACUCAGAUUACGCUGCAUCUGAAAGAGGAUGCCGAAGAGUUCUUGAACGAAAGCUCGCUCAGAGAAUUGGUCUCCAAGUAUUCUGAAUUUAUCAACUUCCCCAUCUAUCUCUGGAGCUCGCAUGAAGAGGAGGUGCCCAAGGAGCAAGCCGAGGAUGACGAUGACGAAAUUGUCGAGGAAAACUUGGAAGAGGAGGGAGAAGAAUCAAAGAAGGGCGAAGAGGAGAUUGAGACGCGCACCGUGCAGGACUGGGAACGCAUCAACACUCAAAAGCCUAUCUGGAUGCGUAAUGCAAAGGAGAUCGAGGAUGACGAAUAUGUCGAAUUCUACCGUGCCAUUGCCAAAGAACCAUCCGCAACCCCGCUUAGCUGGACCCACGUCAAGGGCGAAGGUGACACCGAGUUCCGCUCGAUCCUCUACGUUUCCCCAAAGGCCGACCCCAACUUUUUCCAGAACUUGGCUGACAAGGCACGCAACGUCCGUCUGUUUGUCAAGCGAGUGUUUAUCACCGACGAAUUCGAACUGUUCCCCAAGUGGCUCUCGUUCUUAAAGGGCAUCGUGGACGCCGACGACUUGCCGCUGAACGUUUCCCGUGAAACCUUGCAGCAGCACCGUGCAUUGCGCACGAUCAGCAAGCACUUGGUCAAGAAGGCCCUCGACAUGUUCCAUCAGCUUGCCAAGGACGACGACGAAAAGUUCGGUCAGUUCUUCAAGGAGUAUGGCAGUGCACUCAAGUUUGGUGCCAUCGAAUCCAACACGCACCGCAAAAAGAUUGCAGGUUUGCUCCGCUUCCCAUCGUCGUACGACCCUACUGCGCCUGGCGUCGGCCUGGACGGGUACAUCAGCCGCAUGAAGGGUAGCCAAAAAUCCAUUUUUUACUUGGCUGGCAUGUCGGUUGACGAGAUUGAGCAGUCGCCAUUCUUGGAACGCCUCUUGGCCCGUGGUUACGAAGUCCUGUACCUCACUGACCCUAUCGACGAAAUGCUGAUCCAGAACAUGCCUGGCUACAACGGCAAGAUGUUUGCCAACGUGGCCAAGGGUGACUUGAAGUUUGGCGAUGAAGAAGAAAUGGUGGAUGAGCAGCUCGAAGAAGAGUACGAGCCACUCCAGACCUGGCUCAAGACGACACUUGCCGACGAAAUUGACAAGGUGGUGCUUUCCAAGCGUCUGACGACGUCGCCUAUGGCUAUUGUGGCCGCUGAUUUUGGUCUUACCGGUCACAUGGAACGGCUGAUGGCGGCUCAGGGCCAGAGCAACAAGGACCGCGACAUGAUGCUCAACUUUAUGAAGAUGCAAAAGAAAACGCUUGAGAUCAACCCCAAGCAUCCGAUCAUCAAGUCGCUUGCAGGACGCUCUAUCGAGGACAUGGAUGAGGAUACCAAGCAGUUGGUCCAGGUUCUCUAUGAAACCACGGCCAUUCGCAGCGGAUACCCAUUGCAGGAUCUCAAUGCAUUCACCAAACGCGUCGAAACCAUCAUCCGCAAGGGUGUUGGAGCUUCGCUGGACGAACAAGUCGAGGUGGAUGUAGAAGCAGCACCUGAGAAGUCGGAAGAAGAAAAACAGGCUGACGAGGUGUUCCUCAAGGCAUCACAAGAAGACCAUGAUGAAGAAGAGGAUGUGUAUCUCCACGACGAAUUAUAA